AUGCAAAACUGCGUCAUAGGACAAGCGUAUGAUCAUAAAACACGUUUUUCAGAAGGAACCCCACAGGGCGGCUCUAAUGGACAUGGUAAUAGAAAUGAAGAUUUUCGUCAACUUGUGGAAGCACUAACUAGACGUCCUAAUAAACAUUCCAAACUAGACACUUGUUUAUAUCUUAUAUUUACUGAUGGUAUCCAUACAAGAAUUAAAGCAAUACGUUCUGGAGCACCGGAUGCCUAUUUGUAUCAUACAGAUGAUACAAAAAUACAUGGUCUGAUGCAAUGCGGAGGAAAAUGUAUUGUUAUUUUCGACAGAAAAUAA